AUGUUGGUCAAUAAACAACCUGCAACAGGCGAAUAUCGUCAUAAUUAUGUUCGUUUAGCACUUCUUGUUGGUACACUUCUUUUAUUUAUUGGUCAUAUGGCUGUUAAUGAAUUAUAUGAUUAUGGCAAUAAACAAAUAUCCGUCAAUGAAACAUUACGUGCUGAAGAUGUAGUUGUCAAUGAUAUUACUCCAUCCGAUUGGGUUUAUCGAAGUUUAAAUAGAUUGAAUUAUAUAUGGCAGCUCGCUUGGCUUCUUUAUGCAUUAACAUUUAUUUAUCGUCGAUCAUCAAUUGGUUAUUUAUAUUUGUCACCAAAUACAUUAACACCAAUGUUUUAUAUUAUUUAUAUUCUUGCCUUUCUUUUUCCAUCAAUAUGGAUUUUAUGUUUUCAAAGAUCUUAUGUAGCUUGGACUUGGGUUGUUUAUUUAUUAUCAUUUUUACUACUUUCAUUGGAUUUAUUUAUAUUAAAUAAUAAUAUAUCAAUCAAUAAGAAAAUUUAUGAAACUGAUGGAUUUAAUCGAGAUAUUUGGUGUUUACGAUUUUUUGCUCAAAAUGGUGUAGCUUUCUUUGCUUGUUGGAUAGGUAUUCGAUUUAUUCUUACUUUUGAUACAUUUCUUCAAUUACGACUUACUUUAUCAAUUGUCAAUGCUGGUACAGUUGCAUUAAUUUUAGCAGCAAUUAUUGCUUUUGCAUACUUUUUUGGACCAAAUCUUAAUGCAGCUUUGGUAGACAAAUGUGCUUAUCAAUUUUCACCAUGGAUUGUUUUUAUUUUUUAUUUUUGGGGUGUUAUUGAAAAUAAUUGGAUUCCAAAAAAUGCUAAAAGAAAUAAUAUUAUUGCUGCACUUGAACUUAUAGCAACUAUAAUUUCGGCUAUUGGUGCUUUGGUUUUAUUUACUAUGCGUUAUCGCACAUCAAAAAUUGAUCCAAUACCUUAA